UCAGUGUAGACAGCAGCGGCGUCGCGUCGCGUCGCAUGCGGGAUAUUUAGGGUGUUACUGCGCCACCACUUAUAAGUACAUUCUAGUGUAUGGCAAGUGGAUUAAAUAUUCUCUACUGCACCACUAACUACUUCCAGAACGAUUUUAACCUACCCACAUUUAACCUUUAGUGGCACAAAGCACCGCAGGAGACGCAGAGUCGGUGUUGGACAUAAGCAUGGCUGAGCGCGGGACGUAUAUCACAGCGCGUCUUUGCCCGGAGAACACGGGAGAUAUUUGACUCGGGUUAGUGAAGCUGAAGGAGAAGACGAUGGACAGCCGGACCGAGAAUCCGACGAAGGCAGCUGGUUAUCUGAAGGAGCUGAAUAAGAUCAUAGAGACGCAGCAGACGCUGCUGGAGAGGCAGAAGAGGCGCAUCUUUGAGCUGGAGCAGCAUGUGUCCGAUCUGUGCGUCGAGAACAGCCGCCUGAGACACGAGUACCAGCGGCAUCUGCUCACCUGCAGACUGCGCUCCAUUCAGGAAAACAGCCCGCAACAGCAGUCAGAAUAUGGGAAUGCAAGAAUCGUCAGAAGGCAUGCUUCUCUUCCUGUGGAGAUGACAGACAGUCCCAGCAGCCUCAGAUCAGCCGUGUGCAGGAGAACUGUGCCGUGUCGACAGUGGAAGUCUGCAUCCUUCGGUGUGGAGGGGAAUGUUCAAAACAGUGAGCCAGGCCCAUCCUUGGACACCAGCACAGGAUUUGGCCAUGGCCGGGGCCCGGUCACACACAGUUCUUCCUUGAGUCCGGACCAGUUUGAGAGCCCAGUGUAUGGCCACAGCGUCCAGCCCGGUCCACAGCGCCCUCAGAGGCCCAAACUACAGCACUCCCAGUCCAUCCUCCGCAAGCAGGCAGAGGAAGAGGCCAUCAAGCGCUCGCGCUCCCUCUCUGAGAGCUAUGAGCUCUCCACAGACCUGCAGGACAAGAAGGUGGAAAUGCUUGAGCGUAAAUACGGAGGCCGUUUCAUAACCCGCCAUGCAGCGCGCACCAUCCAGACAGCUUUCCGCCAAUACCAGAUGAACAAGAACUUUGAGCGCCUCAGGAGCUCUAUGUCGGAGAACCGCAUGACUCGCAGGAUCCUUCUGUCCAACAUGAGGAUGCAGUUUUCCUUUGAGGCGCCCGAAAAAACCCACAGCUCUGUUUUGGAGGGGAGGCAGAUGUCUCUCCUGGACGACCUCAGCCAAGUAGGAGGCAUGGUGCAGGCUGCAGAGAUGGUCCCUGUCAUUUUGGAAGCCCCGGAAACUCAAAACGACUUGACAGACACCAUCACAGAGCUAGAAGACACUUUCUCCAGGCAGGUGAAGUCACUGGCAGAGUCGAUUGAUGAUGCUCUGAACUGCCGUAGUCUGCACAAAGAGGAGACCCAGCCCGAGCCAUCAAUCUCUCAGGAGAGCAAGCAUCAGGAUAAUGAGAUCUGCGACGUGACGCUCUUCAUCGAUGAAGAGGAGCUCUCUCCGCUGGUCCAGCCAUCCAGGGAUGAGAAGCUGGACACGGAACCUCCUUCCCUCGAGCGCAAGGGGCCAGACUUACCCCUGCUGACCAUCGAGCCUCCGAGUGACAGCGCAGCAGAUACCAGCCACCUCACCAAGCAAGAUUUCGCCCAGCCACUAAACGUUCACCAGCGCACAGUGGCUGGACCCCGUCCCAAACCAGCGCUGCCUGCUAGAGUCCCCUCGCUCUCUGGAGAUGAAGAGCCGCUUCGACACCGGCAGCUGGAGAGCCACCUGGCCACCAACGGCAAACGGCAGAGCAAGUCUGAGUCAGACUUCUCAGAUGGAGACAACGACAGCAUCAACAGCAACUCAAACUCCAUUGACACCAUAAACUCAGAAACGUCAUCCAGAGACGAACAGUGUCUCAGCAAACAGACGUACCACAAAGACACUCGCAACAGCUGGGACUCUCCGGCCUUCAGCAGCGAUAUCAUGCGCAAGAGGCAGUACCGCAUCGGCCUCAACCUCUUCAAUAAAAAGGCGGAGAAGGGCAUCCAGUACCUGACGGAAAGGGGCUUUGUACCUGACACGCCCGUGGGUGUGGCCCACUUCCUGCUGCAGAGGAAAGGCUUGAGUAGACAGAUGAUUGGAGAAUUUCUUGGGAACAGACAGAAACAGUUUAACAGGGAUGUCUUAGACUGUGUGGUGGAUGAGCUGGAUUUCUCAGUGAUGGAGCUAGAUGAGGCUUUGCGGAAAUUUCAGGCUCAAAUCCGGGUUCAGGGCGAGGCACAGAAGGUGGAGCGCCUUAUCGAGGCUUUCAGUCAGCGUUACUGCAUCUGUAACCCUGAUGUGGUGCGUCAGUUCAGAAACCCUGACACCAUCUUCAUCUUGGCCUUCGCCAUCAUCCUCCUCAACACAGACAUGUACAGCCCCAACGUCAAGCUGGAGCGCAAGAUGAAACUUGAGGACUUCAUCAAGAAUCUCAGAGGGGUCGAUGAUGGCGAGGACAUCCCUCGGGAGAUGCUGGUUGGGAUUUAUGAGCGAAUCCAGAAGAAGGAGCUCAAAACCAAUGAGGACCACGUGUCUCAGGUGCAGAAGGUGGAGAAACUCAUCGUGGGCAAGAAGCAGAUGGGAUCACUUCACCAUGGCCUUGGAUGUGUUCUGUCUCAGGCUCAUCGCAGGCUGGUGUGUUACUGCCGACUGUUCGAGGUCCCAGAUCCCAACAGACUGCAGAAACUAGGGCAGCACCAGCGGGAGAUCUUCCUGUUUAAUGACCUGCUGGUGGUUACCAAGAUCUUCCAGAAGAAGAAAAACUCAGUGACAUAUAGUUUCAGGCAGUCUUUCUCUCUGUAUGGGAUGCAAGUGAUGCUCUUUGAGAACCAGUUCUAUCCAAACGGUAUCAGGCUGACUUCAGCGAUUCCUGGCGCAGACUUCAAAGUCCUGAUCAAUUUUAAUGCUCCUAACAUUCAGGACCGCAAGAAAUUUACCAGUGAUUUGCGAGAGUCCAUCGCUGAGGUCCAGGAAAUGGAAAAGUACCGGAUUGAGUCUGAGUUGGAGAAACAGAAAGGAGUGGUCCGACCCAGUAUGUCUCAGAGCAUGUCGGGCCUGAAGAAAGAGAGCGGAAAUGGCACAAUGGGCCGCACCAGUCUGGAUGACACGUACGCCAUGGGGGAGGGGCUAAAGCGAAGUGCGCUCAGUAGCUCCCUGCGUGACCUUUCCGAAGCAGGGCUCCACCUUUAGCGCUCAUCAUCUGAUCCAGAGAGAUCCUUCCUUUUCCUUCCAGGGGCAGUGCUCCAGACUCCCUCCUUGGGUCACUCUUUGAAAGCGUUCGGGUCAAACCAUUCGCCCUGUCACCACACCCCACUCUAGUGCCCCGGCCAUCCCAUAUCUCUUCAAACAGCUUUCAGAGAACAUGAUCAGCAAGCACAGACCCAGAGCUCAAGCAGACACCAGCCAACCCCUACACAGCAAAAACAGCAUCUCAUUUCAUUCUGCCUACGGGGUGAAUGUCACGAGAUCAGAAUAACAAUUUAUAUUUUGCAUAAAGAUUACCAAGGGCCAUUAAGAUGCAUUACAUUGUCAUGGAUUUUUUUCUGUAAUCAUUUUAAAUUAUUAUUAUCGUUAUUAUUAUUAUUAUUAUCAAAUAGUUAAAACAUAAUAAAACAAAUGAUAUUUCGGUUUAUAUCAGCAGACAUUAAAACCAGUUACCAUGCUGCACAAAUAUUUUUACAAAUACAGAUAUUUUAAAAAUGCAUAGUAGUUUGCAGUAAUAUGGUUCUAAUAAAAAAAAAUCACAGUUUUGUAUUUAUUUAUUCAUUUAUUGAAAAUAGUGUAUAACGCCACUAAAAAUCUUACUGGUCCUAAAUAUGGGUUUUGUUGCCUUUAUGCAAAAUAUGAUAUAAAAUUUCCCCGACAGACUUCUUGGUUUCUUUGACGAAUUUUGUUAGAUUUGCCUCACGGAGGUUAUGAAAACAAACGAAACAGUGGGUUUGCUUGUAUUCAAACGUUGUGUUUUUGAGGCUGACAUUCAUUCAAACUAGCAGAAUGACUAAGAAAGAGUGUUUGUUGUCUUAACGAUCAUUAAGUAAUGUGCCAAUGACCAUGCACCCACUAUGUUUUUCGUGUGUAGUACAGUAGUACAGUAGUGUAACUAAAACCAUUGUAAGCAAAAAGCGAUGUUAUAGAAUACUGUGUUCACAACUUUUUGAGAACAAUACCUUGGUCAGUUUGAGUGGAAGUCCUAGAAACCUUCUGAAGCACAAAUGCAGUAUCAUGUGGCACUUUGAUCUGCUCGUCUACUUGUACAGCAUCAUAUGAUUCUUACAGACUUACAGGAAGGGUUUUGAGGAGAUGUACAAACAUGUUUGCAUGCCUGGAGUCGUUUUUUUAAAGAACUGAUUUUUUUUUUUGUGUGUGUUGGACUUCUGAGGGCGAGUGACGGAAUUAUUUUUCUAUUUUUUAUGAGUUGUUUUUGUUUGUUUUCAAGUGCAAUAUGUUUGUCAUGAUGUUGCGGUCAUGGCUAAAGCAUCUUAUUACUUCAUCCAACAGGUGUUUUUACAUUGAAUGAAACGUCAAAGUGGUCGGCUACGCUCUAACUGUGAUUUGUUAUUGAUGUUGUUCUUGGGUGUUUAUUUAUUACUGAAAAUAAAGCAGUGUUACCAUGGCAACGAAGUGCAAUCAUGUAAAAAGUACUCUUCUUUUUUUACUUUUAAACAACCAGGAGAUUGUUUCAGGUGAAUAUUCCGCUAUAUUAUGCAAGCAUCUGUAUGUUUAGAGGAAUGUGUAUCUAGAGAUGAACUUUUAGUCUGUGAAGUGAGGCAAGUGUAAAGAUUGUUGUAAAGAUGCGAUCCGAUCAGAUAUAUAAGCUGAUAUUUUUUUUUCGAUUUGUUUUUCAGGAUCUAAAUUUUGUAAGCAUGCAUUCAUGACCCCAAAACCAAAGCAUAAGGUUUUCUUUUCAACCCAUAUUGAGUGCAAUAUCCAUUCCGAUGUACUAAAGUCAACACAAACAGACUAAACUAAAGACUAAACCAACUAUGUUUAUGUUCCUUGCGUUAAAUUCAGUGAAGAAGUAUUCUUUCUAUUUGCUAGAAGUUAUUGCACCGACUCCAAACCUCCCUUUUUUGUUCACGUGUAAUAUCCUGUUUUGCUUGCAAUGAAGUAAAAUGGGCUCGUUGAUGUUGUUUCGUGUUGACCUUAAGACGAAAAAUGUAAAACAUCUUGCAUUUAUAAAGUAACAGUUUCCAAAGAUUGUUGUUCUGCAUAAAAUAUUACAACAACAUUGUGAUAUUUUGACAGAUGAAGGACCGAAGGUAUCUUUCUUUUUUGUCCAUCGUGACUUAACUGUUUUAUUUGACUUUACCUCUUUUCCCGUAUUUCUUAUCCUCUUUUUAUGUCAUGUGCUCAACCUGUUGUUCGGUGCUGUGUUGUGUGUUAUUGCAAAAGAUGGCAUAAAGCGAUCCUGUCCCACUAUUAGCCCACGUAAAGAGGGCUUGUAAAGAAGUAAUAAAUAUAUUAUAGGGGACCAAGUUAGGAACCAUUUUGUAUAUAGUGUGUACAGUAUCCUGUCUAUCUUUAAAGAGGGAUGUGUUUCCUGUCUGUUUUACGCUGUGUCACUGAAACAGACUGUUGAGAUCCUCUGGAUGUUUCUCUCCUCACAGGCUGCUAUCACACCGUCCCAAUCAACCACUAGGAGAAAUAGCUCGUAAUAAAGGGCAUUGGUUUAUUUUGUUGUUGUAGAACAGAGAAUGCUUGUCUUUUGAGAUUUUAUUUUACGUGAUGGUUAUCUAUGUCAGCGUACAGUCGGUGUAAAACUCAAACUGUGACAACAUUUCAGAACAUAAAAUAAAACAAUUAUAUGAUGCGUACAGUCGA